AUGGCCUUCGUUCAGCUCGCUUCGAGGAGAACCGGCGGACGAAACCAGUUCCGGGGUCGCGCUGUGGAUAGAACGUUAGCGGGAGGUGUCAGACACCCGAGCGAACGUGGAACUGUAAAGUUUUCCUCAGGUCUGAGGCUGCAACUUACACCGGGGUUCCCUCAUUCCAAGGACACUGGGAGAUCGGGCCGUAGCGACCGGGAGCCUGCAUUUUCCGGGGAUGCGGAUGCGCUGCGCCUUCCUGCCUUGACCAGGGCAGCGCUAUCCUUAGCGCCAGCGCUUGUAACUGUCAGCGCGCAAGACACGUCUGUAUCGAGAUCAAAAGCUGGAGGCGCCUCUGGAACAAGUCCGAUGAAUAGUUCUGCGGUCGCAUCGUGGCCCAGAACUGAGCUCACAACCGCAGCGUUUCGAUAUACGUUCUAUUCACUCGGUUCUAACGAUAACUUGUACAAGCAAACGCUACAAGCGGAGAUACAAUCCAAAUUAAUCCACGUGGGCACGGAGGGCGCAGCCCUGAUUGUUCGAGUGGAUCCAAGCUAUGUAGCCUGGGUAGAUGACGCACAAAUUACAGAGCCGCGAAUGCCCGGGACGCUCGCGGACAGGGUUGGCGGUCGACCGCUGUCCGCCGAUGCGCAUCUCAGGGGCGGCUCACCAGGGCCGUACCACGCCACAGAAUCGAUGCGCAGUGAAUUCGUUGCAGAUGUCGAACAUGGAACUGGAAGGAAACCACAUUUCGACCGAGCAGCGUACAAGCGCCUUGACGAGAACCAACGAUCGUCGCGUCCAUGCCCUCGGGCGUUGACGUCACCGUACAUUGCGGGCGGUGCGCUCCCUUCGGAUGAAGAGGGACUCGCUCAAAGAUGCCGACUGUAUAUCGAAGGCGAAGUUACGCACGCUCUCCCAUGUAAUGCAUCAUUCCAUGGCCCAAGUCCGCCCGAGUGUUUUAUUGUGCGAGUUUUACGAAGGUGCCAGAACGUGUUUCGACAGUUUGCGGGAAGCGAACCAUGCAGCGCAUCUCCAACCACCAUCGAGGAGUCUGUCGAGGAUUUCUGCAUUAUGUGUUCAGCCCAGAGAGGGAGUGCAGAGUGCCGCUCUUUUCCUGCGACGCUGGGUACCGGCAUUAACGUGGCGUUGAAUGCGCUUAGCGCUACAUAG